AUGGCGACGGAGCUGCCCUUCCCGCUGUACUCGGGCUUCUUCCCGCAGAUGGUGCUGACCGUGGAGGAGCUCAUGCACUACCGGCGCUUCGGCAAGGAGCGCGUGGCGCAGCUCGUGCGCAUCAUCGACGACGCCGACUGCGUGUACCGCUGGACGGACGCCAAGGCGCGCGGCGGCCGCGCGGUCGCGCGCGCGCAGUUCCUGGACAUUCGGCCGUCCUCCAAGCAGCCGGCGGCGCAGACGCCGUCCACUUUGCUCAAGUGCAGCGUGCACAUCGUGGACGUGCAGCCGGAGGAGAUCCUCACUGCGCUGGCCAAGGUCAAGACGCGCGACGCACGGCGCGCCAUGAGCUAUCUGCAUGGAGACGAGUUCGUGGACACGCAGACUUUAUUGACAUUUCCUACGCCCUCGGAGCACAAGACGCCCAGUUACUCGUACCGGGUUAUCAAGUGGAUGUUACUUAAGGCCCAGCGGCGAGAGGGACAGAAGUCGCUCGACUUUUGCUACUUGGAGUACGCGGGCAAAAGGAAGGCCCACGCGGGCUCUAGUAGUGUCGUGGGCUUUUGUGUGCAGGAGAGUAUUGCGAGAGAUAGAGAGGUGCCGACGCUCGAGAGGUAUGAUAUUCUACGCGGACAAUUGGUGCGCACGGGGGUGUUGAUCACCAAGACCCACCAGUCGAACAUCUUGAAGGUCACGGCCAUUGCGCAGAUUGAUGGGGGUAUGGUGCCUGCAGCCGUGAGGAUGACGAUGGAGGAGAUCAUGGUGGACUACGUCGCUGCGGUGCACCGAGUGAAGGGACUGCUGGAGAGGCAGAGGAUGGGGAGACUGCAGUAUCUCGACGAGUGGGAGUGGGUUUCUACCAAGGAACGCAAGGCCUGCGCCGUGUGUCUGCGCGGCUUCUACUUCCAUCGGAAGCACCAUUGCGCUACGUGUGGUGAAGUUGUGUGCUCCAACUGCGCCCCGUUGCGUGAGCUUGACGAGCCUCUGGACGAACACACGCUUACUAUGCGAGUGUGUUCGGUGUGUAUGGCACAAGCGGGAAGCCACCAGGAGAGCAGCAUGAUCUCUGGGGUUACGGACAGUGACGACGGGCUGGAGACCACGACGUCGACGACGAAUGUGGGCACGGAGACGUACGAGGCGCUGGGAAAGCUCAUUGAGCACGUUCGACAGAUCCGUGACACGAUCAAUGUGGCUAUCUCGGAGGCCGAGGAAGAGGAGGAACGCCAUAGCAUGCUGCUCGAGAGCGGGCACGGAGACCCAGACGCAGGUGCAGAGCGCUACGACGAGAUCUACGACCGCAUCAUGAAGAUCCGUGAGACGCUGGACGUAUCCAGCUCUGACUUCGAUAUGGUGCUCGAAUCCAUCGGACAUAACGAUCCAAUGGGCCCGUCAGACACCAACUCCGACCGACUGGAUAGUGAGUUGGCCUUCAGCCUCAGCGAAGGCACAGGCAGCGCGUACGAGAGCGAGAGUGUAGAAUUUAUGUCGUCACGAUCGUCGUUACUGUCAGCAUCGGUGCAGUCGCUGGACCAUCAAGACGCCGGCGAGCCGCUUCCGUCCCCGAGACCAGAAGAUGAGAGCGCUGUCGAAGAAGCCCGUGCACUGGAGGAAGCCAUGCAGUGGGUUCGGCAAUCCGAGCCAAUCGCACACUUGAGCCUGCCAGUGUCUGCAAUGACCGUCGAGCCAGAGCGACAAUCUGAACCAGAACCAGCACCAGGUACAACACCGACAUCAGUCGUGACCGUGAGUAAGAACCGCGGUAUUGAACGCCUUGCGCAGAAGAUCGGGCGUCUCCACCAGCGUCUUGAGGCAUCACAGCGCGAGUCCGAGAACACUAGCAGUGAUCCAGCUGCCACUGUAGCAGCUCCCGUGGGUGUGCCACCGGUUGUUGACGAAAACGCAGAGGACGAGCCGGAGCCAGAACAGCGUUCAACGCAGCACCACCGACAGUCUUCUGCACCGCUACCAGCACUGAAGCAGGCGCGUGGACCUGCCCCACAGCCUCCAAAGGAGAAGCAUGUGGCCAUAAUAGCAGUAGACGCCGCGCCCUCGUCUCCUACUUCGACUGCAUCAAGAGGACAAGGCCCGCGGCUCUCCGAACCAUCUCGUGCUCCGCCCGACCUCGUCGCUAGUCUCCGCGGCGUCAUGAACUCAAGUGAGCUCACGCACGCGCCGCCACGCCGACGAUCCGGUGCCAACAUCAACGCGCCAUCUCCGUCACCGCCAGAAACACCGUCUAACACCGAUCCUUCGACGUCAUUCCCGCCACAUAACGCUACAUCAAGAGCAUCAAGAAGGCCGCCCCCGCCUCCUCCUCCAGCGGCACCUCCCGCUCUCCCACCAUUCAGCUCAGCCCGGCCAACCGGAGCGGCAGCAUCAGCACCGACACCCGUGCAAGGUACAACGAUUUACGUGUUCGAUCCCGAGGAUCGAUUCCAGAAAGUUCAACGGCGAAGUCUUGAUCGUCGUCCUGCUGAGGCUAUCGCUGCUGCGCAGGCAGGUCCGGAUGAAGUACCAAGCGGGAGUGAAGACGGUGAAGAGGCAAACCCAGGCAACGGUGGCUACAUGUCCUCCUCGGAUGAAGAGCAAGGACAACCGCGGCAAACUACAACUGCAGCGCCGCUACCACCGGCGGCAGCUGGGGCUCCCACCAGUCGACAAGCAAGAGCACGCGAUGAGAGCGGCGAGCUGCGUGAGCUGAUGGAGGGGCUAGCGAAGGCCCCUCUGCGCAGUCGAUGCUCUAGUGGACAAUCCACUGGAGCUCCUCCUACUGAGAAGUUUGAUUUUUAA